AUGGAUUUGGCCUUUGCCGUGGGCAACGCUGGAGCGUCGACCGACCUGGGCCUCGCCCGGACGUUGACGGGACGCAACAAUGGGCUUCAGCGCAACUUGCGCUUAAAGGUCCCUAGUCGAUCACUUCCAGGCACUGCCUCGUCAAGCUCCGAAUCUCAGCAUUCUGGAAAAGGAAAAGCGUUGGCUGGCUUUGCAGCUGCUGCGGUGGCUGUAGCGGCCCGUGGCCUCCGACGCCUCCGACGGAUCCGGCGCCGGCAGGCGGCAGGGCCUCAGGUGAGCACCAAGUUGAGCCCCGAAUCCUUGGGUUGGAAAGUGGACGACGAUGCUGUAUUGAAGCAACGGCUGGAGUUGGCUUUGGAGCGCGGAGGCUUGAGCGGUACUGCUCUGAAGCAAAACAGGCAAUGGCCGAGCAAAGCAGAAGUGCUCCAGGCGAUUCCUAAGGACUGCCUGGUGAAGCAGACAGGACGAUCAUUGGCCCAUGCAGCGGCUUCCACCCUGCAGGUGCUUUUUUGUGGCUAUCUUGCGUGGAAGUACAUUCCAAUGACAACAGCGGCCAUUCCGCUGUGGAUUAUCUAUGCAGUCGUCCAAGGGACGCUGGCAACUGGACCCUGGGUCAUUGGCCACGAAUGUGGCCACAGCGCCUUCUGCGAUGAGAAGUGGCUGCAAACGACGGUGGGCUACGUCCUGCACACCGCUUUGAUGGUUCCAUAUUUUUCCUGGCAGCGCUCCCAUGCGGUGCACCACGCUAAGACUAACCACAUGACCGAGGGUGAGACACACGUUCCCAGGUUGCAGAAGGGCGAGAAGAACAAGUACAAGACGAUUGCUGGUUUGCUGGGUCAAAAUUUUGUGGCCUGCACUCGCCUCCUCACCCACUUGGUCAUGGGCUGGCCAGCGUACAUCGUUGGUGGAGCCACUGGUGGCCCUGCUUAUGGAAAGACCAACCACAUGUGGCCUUUCGCGCCUUUCAGCAACGGAGAAAAGGACCUCUUUCCUGGCAUGUGGAAGAAAAAGGUCUUAAUGUCGGACGUGGGAAUCCUUGGCAUGGCUGGCCUCUUGUUCUGGUGGGCCAAACAUGCCGGCUUCGCCAGCGUUUUCGCGUUAUACCUGGCGCCUUUGAUGGUCACAAACUGCUGGCUGGUCUUGUACACCUGGUUGCAGCAUACUGACGUUGACAUCCCACACUACGACAAGGCCGUGGCCGAUACCGACCGACAUGGCCGAACACCCGAACACGACACACAGCAGAACUCCCAAUUUCAUCCAAUUUCUAUGAAGCUGCCAUGGCAUUUUCUGGUUGCCAUUAAUGUGAUGAUUCCAAUGUGA